AUGCCGGGUUCUCAAAAUACACCUGUCCUAGCAGGGAACAGUAAUAAUAGCUAUUCUAUAUUGGAUGGUAGUGAUUCACAGAAUGCAGAUGUGAUGGAUUUCGAUGAUGGUUCCGGUCCAGCAGAUCCACGAUUGGAAAAGCAACAGCAACAGUUAUUGCAUGCCGAUUUUUAUAAUGAUUUUGGUGACUUGUUCGAUAAUGUUAAAGUUUGA